CCGAUGGUUUUAUUUCCGUGUCUCUUUUUUCUCUCAUGUUUUUCAGGUGAGAGAUCUAGUGUAUAGUGACCGGAAAAUUUUAAAAAAAUGUCAACACUUACUAUAGAGCCUCUCGUCGGCAAUUAUCUCCGACGGAGCCCAAAACUUUAUCAAAAUACAAAAACAACCCCUCAUUUUUUUCUUAAUUACUGCCGGAGACCGCAACUUUCCAGUAAGGCAACUUUGAGAUUCUGCAACUCAGGGCGUAGACGGACGUUACCUCUAAGAGCUAGCUCCACCGAUGCUGCUGUUAUUGACACGUCGGAAAAGUCUGACGUCGUUUUAACGGAGACUUUCUCGUUGAAACGACCCCAAAGGGCUGAAGGAAAGAUAGCCAUCAGAUUGGAUAAGGGGAAGGAUGAAGAGAAUUGGCACCUCUCUGUGGGAUGUAGUGUGCCGGGAAAAUGGAUUCUUCACUGGGGGGUCCACUAUACUGGUGAUGUUGGCAGUGAAUGGGAUCAACCUCCUCCAGAGAUGCGGCCCUCGGGUUCAAUCGCCAUAAAGGAUUAUGCAAUUGAAACCCCUUUGAAAGGAGAAACACUUCAAGAGGUGAAGAUUGACAUAAGUUCUAAGUGGUCUAUUGCAGCUAUAAAUUUUGUGUUGAAGGAUGAGGAAACUGGAGAUUGGUAUCAGCACAAAGGGCGGGACUUCAAGAUUCCUCUUACUGACUACCUUGAAGAUGAUGCUAAUACUGUUGGAGGUAAAGAGGGAUCAGGGAUAUGGCCAGGUGGCUCUUCUUUCAUUGCAGGACCUCUAGGGAAUAUCCUCCUUAAGCCAGAAGCUGCUCCUUCUAAGGAGGAAUCAAGCAGCAAUGAUGGGCCUAGUGUGAAAAACAGGCGUCUUGAAGGAUUCUAUGAGGAGCAUUUCAUAGGAAAAGAGACUAUUGUUGAUAACACAUUGAGUGUCUCUGUUAAGCAGUGUCCAGAGACUGCCAAGAAUAUUUUGUAUAUAGAUACCGACUUACCUGGAGAUGUAAUUCUUCACUGGGGAGUCUGCAAAGAUGAUGCUAAAAGAUGGGAACUUCCUGCAAUGCCAUAUCCAGCGGAAACAGUAGUUUUCAAGAAUAAGGCACUGCGGACUUUGCUCCAGAGAAAAGAGGGAGGCAAUGGUUCUUCGGGACAGUUCACUUUGGAUGGAGGACUUUCCGGAUUUGUUUUUGCGGUGAAGCUGGAUGAAGAUACGUGGUUAAAUUGUAAGGGAAACGACUUUUAUAUACCUCUGUCAAGUAGCAAGCAUCAGUCUAGCACCAUCCAUUUGGAGGAGAGAAAACAAAACGAGGAGUCAAAUUCUUCCAAGAUAGUCAACAGUUCACCUGAGGAGAAUCAAACAGUGUCUGUGUAUACUGAUGAUAUAAUAAAGGAGAUAAGGAAUUUGGUGAGUGACAUUUCCUCUGAAAAGAGCCGGAAGACAAAAAGCAAGGAAAUACAGGAAACCAUUCUUCAAGAAAUUGAGAAGCUUGCUGCAGAAGCUUAUAGUAUAUUCAGAAGUUCAAGCCCAACAAUGUCAAAAAUUGUGGUUUCUGAAGCUGAGGUUUCACAAGCUGACGUGAAAGUAUCUUCAGGAACCGGUACAGGAUUUGAGAUUUUGUGCCAGGGUUUUAAUUGGGAAUCUCAUAAAUCUGGAAGAUGGUACAAGGAGAUGCAUGAAAAAGCUGCAGAGUUAUCUUCACUUGGAUUUACUGUCAUCUGGUUACCUCCACCAACUGACUCAGUGUCACCAGAGGGAUACAUGCCUAGGGAUUUAUAUAACUUAAAUUCCAGAUAUGGUAGUUUUGAUGAAUUGAAAGUUACAGUAAAGAAAUUCCAUGAAGUGGGCAUCAAGGUUCUUGGUGAUGUUGUCUUAAAUCAUAGAUGUGCAAGUGAACGGAAUCAAAAUGGGAUAUGGAAUAUCUUUGGGGGUCGGUUAAAUUGGGAUGAGCGUGCAGUUGUUGCUGAUGAUCCACAUUUCCAGGGAAGGGGCAAUAAAAGUAGUGGAGAUAAUUUCCAUGCUGCUCCUAACAUUGAUCACUCCCAGGAUUUUGUGAGAAAGGAUAUCAAGGAAUGGUUGCUCUGGCUGAGGGAGGAGAUUGGUUAUGAUGGAUGGAGGCUGGAUUUUGUUCGUGGUUUCUGGGGUGGUUAUGUGAAGGAUUACUUGGAAGCAACUGAGCCUUACUUCGCUGUGGGCGAGUAUUGGGAUUCCCUCAUGUAUACUUAUGGAGAGAUGGAUCACAAUCAAGAUGCGCAUCGGCAGAGAAUUGUUGACUGGAUUAAUGCUACUAAUGGAACUGCAGGAGCAUUUGAUGUGACAACAAAGGGAAUUCUUCAUUCUGCAAUUGGGAGAUGUGAAUACUGGCGAUUAUCGGAUCAGAAAGGAAAACCUCCCGGCGUGGUUGGAUGGUGGCCAUCUCGUGCUGUUACCUUUAUAGAGAAUCAUGAUACAGGUUCUACACAGGGUCAUUGGAGAUUUCCUGGUGGGAAAGAGAUGCAAGGUUAUGCCUAUAUACUGACUCACCCUGGAACCCCAUCAGUCUUCUUUGAUCACAUUUUCUCUGGUUAUCGAUCUGCAAUAGGAAAUCUUAUCUCACUCAGAAAGCGGAACAAGAUCCACUGUCGGAGUACGGUCGAAAUAACAAAGGCCGAAAGGGAUGUUUAUGCGGCAGUUAUUGAUGAUAAGGUAGCUGUUAAAAUAGGACCAGGCCACUAUGAGCCUCCAAGUGGGCAUCAGAGAUGGAAAAUGGCUGCUGAGGGUAACGAUUACAAGGUUUGGGAAUUGUCAUGAAAACAAUCACUCUCUGCACCUGUAUCAAUGGACUACUAUCCGAACAUGUUUGGGGUUAGCAUUGCAAAUUUUUUUGCCAAGUUACUGGAGAUGGGAGGAGUUAAUGUUGUAAAAAAUGCUGUCCUGCAACAUGAAUAUAAGUUAGUAAAUAUAGCAAGUACGAAAAGUCACCUGGAAGUGAGCGGAAUUACUGAUAUUUACGUCACUAUUGCUGUUAAUAUUAUUACUGUAUUCGGAGAAAUCACCAUGUAUACUAUAUAGAUUCAGGUAAAAACUGUAUGUGAUAGAUACCACUGCAUUGUAUCGCCUUCUCAGAAGACAGGGGCAUUGUAGAAACUGUAUGAUGUAACAACUUGCCAUAUUGGCAACAAGACACAAUAUUUUUUGUAUAAAUACUGGAAUGUACCCAUUGAUGUAUUCUAUUGUUGUAUUUGUUUU